AUGGGAAGAACUGCAUCUGGGGAUUACCGCACUCAUUUCAAAACAACUGAUUCACUGUUAAAAACACUCGAUCUGGACUCACUAAACUUGAAAACUAUCGACGAGAAGACAGCCGACAUGUUACAUCGAGUAUCACUCUUGGUGGACGAUCUGACUUUGUCACCUCCAUCAUGCGACGAUAAUAUAUACUUGCUCGUUAUGGUGGUGAGUACGCCAAUGCAUUUCAAUCGUCGUGCGGAAAUGAGGGAUUAUUUAAAGGUGACGCGGCUAUUUUAUCGGCAGAAGAGAUUUCGCAUGAUUUUUUUGACCGCAAGAGUAGAUGAUCCCAAGACGGAUACAAAAUUACGCAAUGAGAGUUUAGUUUACAAUGAUAUUAUCCAGGUAAACAGCAGAGAAGCAUACCGCAACUUGACGCAUAAGGCUCUGGAAUCUUUAAGAUGGACGUUGACGAAAUGUCCACACGUUAAAUUCAUGUUGAAAAUUGAUGAGGAUGUGUUAGUGAUCUAUGAACACAUCAUCGACUAUGCAAUAGGUUUAGAGGCAAAGAAUGCUACCUUCGUUUAUGGAGGUGUGCACAAUCAGAAUUCAGUACCUAGCAGGAGAGCUAACGAUAAGUGGUAUUUAUCUCGAGAAGAUUAUAAAAAUAACACUAUACCACCCUUCGUCUGUGGAUUUGCAGCUCUAUUUUCACAAGACGCUGUUCGUGAGAUUUAUCACGCGUCAUUCCAUGUCCCACGAGUCUACAGCGUACCGAGGCAGACGUUUCCUCAGGAUGACACCUUCUUCGGAAUAUGUGCAAAGUACGCCAAAAUAAAACUGACAAAAAUACUGUGGAUGUGCUAUACCUGGCAUUAUGUGAAACUGGCAGUGAAAAAAGACAAGUGUGUCAUGUUGAAAUUACAAGCUGUCCAUGGUGUUCCUGGUUACACAGAGAUAAAACAAUAUUUGGAACUACUGAAGAAUGUGACAGUAGUUGAAAGGGAAACUUGUGAGAAGAAAGCUGUACCGCUUCCUGCAGGAUGUUACCAGUAG